AUGCCUUCCGAUCGGCUUCCGCCAUCGUCGCGCGAUAGCCGUCGCUCUCAUUCCGCGCCUUUCCGCCUCACAUCUCUUCGCGAACACCUCGGAUCUAUGUUAUUAGCAACUAUCACAUCUUCGCACGCCUCGGGGAAUGGCACUGGGCGGGGGACGACGUGGGGGAGCGCGACGGAGAGGUUGGCGGACUGGGGGGGAACACGCGGGGAUCCGCCCGUCACUCUCCCUUCCCGUCGCUCUCCCUUCCCGUCGCUCUCCCUUCCCGUCGCUCUCCCUUCCCAUCUCGCACACGUGUCACCCUACGUAUUCUCCCCCUACUCCCUCUUUUCCCUCCCUCCAAUAAUCGCCUUCCUUCCCCAUCCCCUUCCCUGCUUUCCCCCAUUCUCUUCCCUGCUUCCCCCCAUCCCCCUCCCUGCUUCUCCCCAUCCUCUUCCCUGCUUCCCCUCAUCCCCUUCCCUGCGUCCCCCCGUCCUCUUCAUUCUUUCCCCUUAUCCCAAAAGCCCUGCUUCCCCCCAUCCGCAUUUCUACUUCCCCCCCUCCCCGUCUCUGCCUCCCCAUGACCCCUUCCCUGCUUCCCCCCAUCCCCUUCCCUGCUUCCCCCCAUCCCCUUCCCUGCUUCCCCCCAUCCCCUUCCUUGAGUCCCCCCAUCCCCUUCCCUGCUUCCCCCCAUCCCCUUCCUUGAUUCCCCCCAUCCCCUUCCCUGCUUCCCCCCAUCCUCUUCCCUGCUUCCCCACAUCCCCCUCCCUGGUUCCCCACAUCCCCCUCCCUGCCCUGCUUCCCCCCAUCCGAUUACACAUUCCCCCCCUCCCCUUCCCUGCUCCCCCAUGUCCCCUUCCCUGCGUUCCUCCCCAUCCCCCUCCCCAUCCCCCUCCCCAUCCCCCUCCCCAUCCCCCUCCCCAUCCCCCUCCCCAUCCCCCUCCCCAUCCACCUCCCCAUCCACCUCCCCAUCCACCUCCCCAUCCACCUCCCCAUCCACCUCCCCAUCCACCUCCCCGCCACCAGGCGCUCGCCCUGCUAGCAUGGCAUCUGUUGCCGUGCUUCCGUGGCACCUCUGUGGCAUGCACAUCUCCCACGCCUCGCAGGCUACUACACCGCACAUCACCGUCAGCUUUUAUCCAUUGA